AACCUAACACUUUCCUCAACAGCUGGAACCCUCCAAAGGACCCCAAAGAGGCCGAGGCUAAACUCCUUCAGUUGAGGCGCCAGUACGCGAAGAAGAUGAAGGAGGUCCGCAAGGAGUAUAUACAGGAAAUGGAGUUGCAGCGGCUGGAGAAGCAGAGGAGGGAUGAUGCCAGGAGAGAGUCUAUUCGGAUCGCUCACGAGGAGCGUAAGGCCGCCAAAGCAGCCACCAAGAAGGCCAAAGCCGCCGAACGAGAGGCCGCUGAGGCAGAGUUCCGAAAAACCCUAUUGAAAGAAAGAACUGAGAAGCUUGAAUAUUGGAGGAUGAAAGAAAAGAAAAUUGAGGAGAAGAAGAAGGAUAAAAAUGAACUUGUGCGUCGACAAAGUUCCAUGUGG